AUGAGAGGUUGGUAUAAAGAUACAACACGAAUGGAAGAAAUUAAGACCCUUUUGCAAGGCUUUCAAAUUCCUCCUCCACCUCCUGUUAGUGCAGCUGAACCAUUGCCGGCUGCCAGAGUAUGUCCAUCCUCGCCACCAAAUGUGCAGGAACCUUUCUCCUUUUCAGAACCUUUAGAUACCACCGGUAAGGCUAAGGUGAGAAGUCGUACUUCCUCCCCGAUGCAAUUGCCUUCUUCUGCUGCACUAUCCUCGUCAACGUCAAGUCCGGAGGUUAGUGUUGUCCCUGAAAUCACUUCAGUCAAAAGUUUAAAGAAUGGCGGAAGCGAAAGGCAGAGGCAGAAGGGCGAGCGCAAUUCAAAGAGGUGCGGAAGGUCUACACCUGUCGCGUGUAUUCAAAACCAAUGACUUCAGAGGGUCAUACCCAAUUUCGAGGGAGGCGAUAUUGUCCCAACGCACCGGUUCAAGUACCAAGGGAGUAG